GUGAUAACCCAGGCCAGUGGAAGUAUUUCUCAUCAUACUAUUCACACUCAGCCAGUGGGGAAACAGUUUGACAGAGUGGAUGACUUUUUCAUUCCAUCUGCAACUCUCCUUAUUACCCACAUAAGAUUUGGAUUCAUUCUCCACAAGGAUGAGCCUGUACUCCAGAAAAUUGAUCUUGAAACAAUGUCAUACGUCAAGACAAUUAGUUUAAAAGAUUACAACUGUGUUCCAAAGUCUCUGGCAUAUACACAUCUUGGAGGAUAUUAUUUUGUCAACUGUAAGCCUGACACUACAGGAGCUAUUCCACCACAAAUAAUAGUAGAUAGUGUUACUGACUCAGUUAUUGGAUAUAAUGGUGAUGUAACAGGAUCUCCAUACAUUUCUCCAGAUGGUCACUACGUAGUCAGCAUUGAUGAUGUGAAAGGUCUCAUGAGGGUCCAGACAAUUACACUAAGAGGAGAAAUACAAGAUGCCUUUGACAUUCACACAAACUUGCACAUAUCUGAUGUGGCUUUCCAACCAUCAUUUACUGAAGCCCAUCAAUAUAAUGUCUUUGGUAGCUCUAGUACACAGACUGAUGUUCUUUUUGUAGAACUGUCCUCUGGGAAGGUGAAGAUGGUGAAGAAUCUUAAGGAACCUCUUAAACCAGAUGAAUGGUCUUGGAACAAUAAGAACCGAUUAAUUGAAGGCAGUGGGCUCUUUGGUCAAUACCUGAUGACACCUUCCAAGGAAUCCUUGUUUAUUCUAGAUGGACGAUUAAAUAAGCUUAAUUGUGAAAUCACUGAAGUUGAGAGAGGAAAUACAGUAAUUUGGGUUGGAGAAGCGUAAAGAACCAUAUUAGAUAACACCCAAGUGGAUAUAGUUUUACAGUACAUUGCACUUAUCUUCAUUCUCCAAAUUGUCAUUAUUUUAUAUUAAAAAUGUUAGAUCCUUCUGUACAUGUUGUGUGGUUGACUAAAAUGGAAUUUUGGUGAAAUAAAUGAUGCUGAAACUGUGACAAAUAUGUACUGUUGGUAAUCUCCAUAAAGAAAAGUGGCCAAUUUGUGACAAUAUUAUAUUAUGAUAAAUACAUAGGGUACAUGACAAAAUGAUGCCACAUUAUUACAGCAGCAGCAACAAUAACAAUAAUUAAUCAGAUUCAUUGAAUUUCUAAUAUUACACACGAUGUGCAUAGUUAGGUUUUUGCAUUAAAACACUAUGCCCUGUCCUGACCACUAUUUGAUAUUUUUGUGCCUUGAACAGAAAUGUCUCAUAAGGAAAGUGAAGCCUACAAAACAUGUAAUUGUAUUCUUGUGGUUAUAAGUUCUCUUUAUCUUGUGAAAACUUUUUAAUAUCUCAAAAUUUUUCAUCUCCACAGAUUUUAAGGCAUGCUUUUAACUCAAAGGAAAAAGUAUAUUUUCAACAUUUUGUGCUAUCAUUUUUAUUACUACAGCUUGAAGAUAUGGUUAUUUUUAUUACAAUUUAAGGUUAAAAUUUUGUUAAUUUCAUAUUAUAAUUCUUACUUUUCCACCUACAAAACAGUUACAUCAACUUGGUAUAGUUUAGUUUUAUUGAACAGAAACAUAAUAUCUAGCUGCUUAGGAGAAAAUGUUUAUUUUGAAAUCAAUACUGAGAAUUAUUUAAAUUGGCAAAAAAAUUAAUGUUUUAAUUUUAAAACAAUCUGCUUAAUAAUACACUUUACACAGUAAUCCUAUAUAUGUCUAUUCAGAAGUAAGUUCCACUGAAUUCAGGAUAAUUAAUUCCUAAAUAGGAAAAGAACCCAAGUCUUUAAAAAUGGAGAAUAAUGGUACUAUAUCUACUGAAAAGUAAAUCACAUUAAGUUCAAUUUUUCUUAUUCCUAGUUGUGUACAAGAUUAUACAAGAUUAUAUGUUUCAAGUUACUUUCUGAAAGUACAGUACACUGAAAUAAAUAAAAUUCACAAUUAAAAAAAUGAUUUGCAUCAUCUUGCUAGAUAGUAUCACUGUUAUAUGUACAAUGUCUAUCAUAUAUGCCUUUUGUCAAUACUAUUGUUAAAAGUAAUUUUUUAACUUAUUACUGCCAUUAGCUUUCUAUUUCAAGGUAUUUGGGUUAUUUUAGUUUAUAAACUGCCACUUAGGGAUGUUGUUUAUAUGUCUACAUAGAAACAAUUCAGGUUCAAAAAUUUAGAAUUAUUGUAACCACUACAAAAGGAGAAAAUAAUCGUGCUUAUUAGUAUUUUAUUUUCUUCGGAUUUUCAAGAAAUACAUAGAUGGGAUUUACUAUUGUUAUCAUUUUAAAAACUGGGUUUCUGUACCUGAAAAGAUUAAACUGAUACUUUAUUCAAUGCAAUCAAAUAUUUUACUCUAAUAGGUAAGGCUAAUUAGAAAUUAGACAUUUCUAUU